AUGACACAAUAUAAAGAAAACGGUGACGCCUCUAACGCCACUUCAGAUGUUGUGCGUAUCGAUGGGAUAUAUUACGACACAAAGAAAUUGGCUGCUGUACAUCCUGGUGGAUCCAUGAUGAUAAAUAUGGCCAACGGUACAGAUGGUACCCGCAUAUUUUUAAGUUAUCAUCGACGAAAGUUUCCCCAUGAAAAAUAUAAAAGCAUGCAAGUUCCUGCAGAAAAUGUAAUUGUUCCUGAUACCAUGAUAGAAAGUGAGUUACCAAACUUUGAUGGAUAUUUGGAACUUUGCGAUAAGGUACGUCCUAUUUUAAGGCCUACCAAUGGAUUUGCACCCUGGUAUUAUUAUAUAAAAGCCAUUUUAUGGUGUACGAUCGUUAUUGCUUUGGAUUUAUAUGCUAUCUUUACAUGGCGUCCACUCUAUUUAACACUUAUUCAAUCAUUUGCAAUGGCAAUGAUAGGCUUAAAUGUCCAACAUGAUGCUAAUCAUGGGGCAUUAAGUCCAAAUGCAAAAAUUAAUGGAUUAUUUGGACUUUCCCAAGAUUUGCUUGGAGGCAGUCGUAUUAGUUGGAUUAUUCAUCAUGAUUUUAUACAUCAUAUUUAUACAAAUGAACCUGGUAGAGAUCUUGAUUUGGAUAUUCCUCUUUUACGACUACAUCGUUUUGUUCCUAAACGGUCAUUUUAUGCUCUUCAACAUUUAUAUGUAAUUUUCUUGGAGGCGGUGUUUGGUCCUGUUCAUGUGAUUUCGAAUAUUUUGUUUUUAUGGCAUGGACCUAAUAAACAACAACGGUUUUUGAAUAAAGAAUGGAAAAUAAGUGCUGUUAUGGCAUUGAUUCCAAUUUUACGGGUCUCGUUUAAUUUUCUUCAUGCUCCUUCACUUUUGGAUGCCUUUCUAAGUUCAUUUAUCCAACAUGCUGUUGGUGGUAUGUAUCUGGCAUUUUUCUUUUUGAUUUCGCAUAACUUUCAUGGUGCUAAAAAAGAAGGAACGAGUGAUGGGGAGUGUUUUCUUAAAGCCCAAGUGGAGACAAGUAGUAAUGUAGGUGGAUGGUGGUUGGGACAUUUAAACGGUGGACUGAAUUAUCAGAUAGAACAUCAUCUUUUUCCACGUGUUCACCACAGUUACUAUUACUAUCUUGCUCCUACGGUUCGUGCUUUUUGUGCUGAACAUAAAAUAAAAUACGUUCAUUUCAAUACGGUAUGGGAUAAUUUCAACAGCACACUUGCGCAUUUAUUUGAUUAUGGACAUGAGAUGGAUAUGAAAACAUUAGAUGAAAAGAAAAAUCAUUAA